CGCCGGCCAAACAACUUUAUUUUUACAAAUUUUAACAGUUAGCUAAAUAUUAAAUAAAAUUAAGGAUUAAAUAAAAUAAGAUAGCAAAUAUAUAAAAAAAUACAAAAUGAAAUGUAUGAAUUCAUUUUGCACGCCAAAUGUUUUGGUCGAGCAAAGUUUGGACUUAAAACUAAGAGCCUCAAAAGCUAAAUAUUACCUUAGAUGGGGCUCCUUCAAUGUUGUUAUAUUGGCCAUUUUAAUGUUCGAUAUAAGCAACAAGUGUCCCUAUGCAGAGUCCAACUGGUAUUAUGUUGAAUAUGUGACAGCGGCUCUAGUGGGUCUUAGUAUGUUGGCCUGUUUUCUAAAGUAUUUCUUGUACAUAUUUUAUUCGCAACCAGUGCAGGGAACAAUGCAACAGAAAAAUCUCAUGAAAUUUGAUGAUAAUGAUAAUACUUUUAUUACCACCACUCCCAAAAAGAAGGAACAAUUUAGUGAUACACGUCAGGAUCAAUAUGUUAAUAACACCAUACUCAGUUGGCACUCUUCUUUCAAUGAAUCUCGUGGCGCCAAUUCCCCUAAUUGGAGUUAUACACGCACUACACCACCCCGCCAAAGUCUAAGUCCUCAGCAGCAGCAUCAAUUACAAAAUGCAUCUUGGAAUUCAUCCAUGAUGAAUAAUUCAACAUUUAAUGCCAGUGCCAUGGAAGACACCAGUUCACCGUUUGUUUCUCCCUACCAGAAAUAUGGCAGAGAUGAACAAAUCACAGAUCAUAUUAGUUUGCAACGUUAUCUAAAGGACGUUUCUCGCAAAGAAUACAGCAUGACUGAAAUAACAGAUAUUAAUCAAACUUUCCCUACGGGCAGUUCAAUUAACUCAUUUUGGAACUAUUGUAAUACAGCAGCAAAUCUUUUGAAAACAUCCUUAUAUCAAUUGUCACCAUCACCAGCGCCGGCCACACAGAAUAAACAAACAUCGAAGGAAGAGGGAGGUUUAAAUAUAAUUGAUAGUAACUCUGAAGUUAUAAAACGCAUUUCAUCGGAAAGACUCGCACAAUAUGUGGGCAAUUUAAGGACGUGGAUUUCCUUUACCGUAUUGCAACGUUUAACAAAAGAAAUUGGAAAUAUUGAUGAAUCAUUCAAACAACGCGGUUUUCACGACAUGCAAAUUGGCGGUAUUGGCUUGGAAAGACUAAAGAAAACGGUGGAAAGUCAACAAUUUGUUACGCUCUAUAUGCCCAUGCUGCCCAUGAUAGUGCCAUUUUUGGAAAUGUCAAGCAAUCAGGAAUAUUUGGUGCAUCGCAUCAAGGAUUUGGCUAAAGGCUCUUGCAUAGCAGAUUAUCGCUGGAAUUCUGGUUCGGAAUAUCAUAGCCUUAAAUGGGAGGAACAUUUGCCCACAGACUCGGCUAUACUUUUCCAUUUGUUUUGUGUUUAUUUGGAUACUCAACUAAUGCCCUUACCUCAAGGCGGUGGUCGUCCCUUUUACAGUCGUUACGUUAUUGUUGGCGAAGAGAAACGUUCGGCAAAGGACACAGUGGCCUUGGUACAAAAUAAGGCUCAUUGUGCCAUAUUGUGUACUAAUCCUUUGAAGCCCAAAUUCAAUUUUAUUAGUGAUGGAGAAAUACACAAUUGUGCCUAUGACCGCAAUAAUCUUUUCUAUGUUAUCAUACAAUUCCUGAUUUAUAUGCGUUCCCAUCAAGAGAGUUGCUUGGAGGGUGUUAAUCUUGGCAAAAGUGGCAUUAACAUUAUGUGUGUCAUAGAAGACUGAUUGUGUAAAUGAGUAUGUAGAUGUGUGUAGUAGUAGUAGUGUAUUGGUUGGUCCAUUGCUACUAUCCUGAUGCUGCUCAUCUUGUUCAUGGUAUGAAUGUGUUUUUUUUUGUGUGAAUUGUAUAUGCGGGUGGGAGGGUGUGUGUCUGUCUGACUGCGUGUGUUUGAAUUUGUAUGGAAUUGUUAGUGAUAGAAACAGACAAAAUAUUUUUUUAGUAUGCAUGAGUAAUUUUCAUUCUAUUCAUUUACAUUCUCUUUUUUUCAUUUCUUUCAUUAUGAAUAUCAUUAUAACUUGUCCAACUUAAUCAUCCUUAAGAAAAUUGAAACAUUUUGAAUUUUUUUUUAGUAAUAAAGACUUUUUUGUUGUAAAAUACAAAA